CCAUACUUAGGGUGUGGGUGGGCAUGUGUGUGUGUCAUUGAAAGAGUGUGUGUAUGUGUGCGUGCCCAGGUGCCAGAGUAGUGGGCUGAGAGAAGUCAACUCCAUGACAUUAUAGCUGAAGGAGAGCAGACAGAGCUCUCUGAGGGGGCCCUGACAACUAUGGAGUAAACGCACUGAGGGCCCCCCAGAAAGAUAAAAAGACAGACAAACGGACAGAAACGCAAAAAAAGGAGAACGUAUCACACAAUAAUGGUGGCAGAAGAGGUGAUAAUCACCUUGUCUGGUGGAGCACCAUGGGGCUUUCGUCUCCAGGGGGGCGCGGAGCACCAGAAACCACUUCAGGUGGCCAAGGUGCGUAAGCGCAGUAAGGCGUGCAGGGCAGGACUGCGGGAGGGCGAUGAGCUGGUGUCCAUCAACGAGCAGCCAUGUGGAAGUCUGUCCCACUCCCAGGCCAUGACCAUAAUCGACAGCUCCCCAGGAAUAUUACACAUCCGGGUCAAGAGGGCACCAGCAGGCUUCCAGUCUGUGGUGCUGUUGACCCGCGCCCCGUCUCCCCGCAUUGACAAAGAGUACCGAGCCGCCCUGCGUACCAUGUCUCCCUCCUCCAGACCCCACCACAUAGCAGCUGUCAGGGAGGUCCCCCAUGGCAGGUCCUCUGUCCUGUCCCCCAUGGGGCGCAGCGGCCUCACCUCGCCCCCAGGCAGUGAGGCCUACUACGGGGAGACAGACAGCGACGCAGAUGUGGCAGCCCACGAGAGGCAGAGGAGGCAGAAGCGCAGAAGUCCCAGCAACUUACCCGGCAAAGCCUCUGGCAGAGCCUCCCAGGAGGGAGGGGAGACCUCAGAGUUUAGCGGCUAUGACAGCGCCCCAGAUGGCCGGCUCUACCCAGGGCUCCAGGACCACGGGCUAAUGGAUGGCCGAGGAGCGGGGGAAGGCUUGCCGGGGGUGGCCCGCAAGGAGGUGAUUUACCAGCCCCCUCCAGGGAUGUGGUCCUCCCAGACUUCCACAGAGACCUCCUCCAUCAUCUCCUCUGUUGAGGACCAGGGCCCAGGACGGGACGGAGUGGCGGAGGAGGACAGUGGCUUCCAGGAGCCCUCCAACGUGGUCCCACUGGUUUCCCCCGAGAGGGCCAAGGGGGCCAUGCAGCUGAGCUCCCGCAGGCAGCUGGUGCCAAUGGUGGGGCCCAUAGACACCCCUCUGGAUGAGGAGCUCAGUGUCACCUACAUGGACAAGGCCAAGCAAGCCAAACUGAACCGGGGUGACACGGUUCAAGACAAACAGGUGAAGGAGGCCAGAACCAAGUGCCGCUCUAUCGCCUCCCUUCUGACAGACGCCCCCAACCCCCACUCCAAGGGCGUGCUGAUGUUCAAGAAGCGGCGGCAGCGCUCCAAGAAGUACACGCUGACCAGCUUCGGCAGCGUGGACGAAGACAUGCAGCAAGAUUCCCAGGAGGAAGAUGGUCUUUUCCCAGGAAGCGAGUCAGAGUUUGAUGAGGAUGGCUUCUCAGCCGCCCCCGACACCACCUGGGACAGUGACUACUUGGAUGCACUGGAGAAGAGGGCGACCGCAGGGGGAGAGCGAGGGGAUGGGACAGAAGAUGCCCCCAGUCCCGGCCUGAGUGACAUCUCUGGGAAGGGCGCCCAACUGUUUGAGCAGCAAAGGAAGAGGGCGGCCGAGCAUGCCAAGAAGGUGGCUGCCACCCAGCCUCAGGUGCCGCCCCAGCCUCAGAUAAAGACCCAACCAUCGAACCAACCACAGAUCCAGGAGCAGCCUCAGCCAUACGCACAGAGCCAGCCCCAGCCAGAGACACAACCACAGAUGUACCAACCUCAGCAACCUGUGGCACCACCGCCCCCUGUAGCCUUCCAGGAGGAGGCUCGGUGUCUGGCAGUGAGGCCUAUGGCACCGGCCCCAGCUGCCUACAGCAUGGCUAAUGGAGACGUUGCCUACUCUCCAGUGAGCACGGCUGGCAUGGUGAUGUCACCCCUGACUGUGGCACCCAACCCAAUCACCACCCAAGUGUCGAUCUUAACCACCCACAUACCUCCACCCCAAACACCGCUGCCAGAACUCUCCUCCAGCUCUGUGGUCAACAGAACCGCCCGCCCCUUCAACCCAGGGUUUGUGACCAACCGAGCCGCCACCGCUCCUGUUGUGUUCCGCCCUGUCGUCACCAAAAGGGCCCAGCGCCCAGCAACCUCUGUGUCUAUUGUAGGACCUCCCUUCUCCACCACAUCAGAGCUACCUGCAAGUGGUUGUCCUUCCUUCUUCUCUCCCCCGUCCUCUGUGUCCGGAGGACCGUUCUCCACCCCCUCCUCAGCACCGGCCACUCAUCCCCGCCCUGCCUUCUCUGUGGAGAGCCUGGCAGAACCACCCAUGCUCUCUGUUCCACAUGCUUCCUUCACAGCCAUACCUCCACCCCCAGCACAAUUCUCAGGUGGCCCCAUACCCCCACCUCCAGUCUCGUUUGCCUCCGUACCACCACCCCCAGUAUCAUUUGCCAACGUACCCUCAAUUCCACCCCCAUCGCCAUUCUCAGGUGCUCCCAUACCCCAAGCCCCAGUCUCAGUGGCCCAAUCAUCCCCAGCUCCAGUGUCAUUUGACCCCAUACCUCAACCUCAAGUUUCUUUUGCCCACAUGCCCCAAGCUUCAGUCUCAGUUGUCCCACUCCCACCCUCCACAGCUCCUGCAGCUGUACCCAGAUCCCCCAUGUCCAAGGUCCCACCUCUCCCUGGUGGUCGUACCGGUUACCUCCAGGAGGCUCGUCGGCGCAGCGGCAGGAGGCCCAUGUUCCGAGUCCCUGAUGAGAAGAAGAACUCUCCCAACCCUGACCUGCUGAACAUGGUGCAGAACCUGGAUGACAGGCCCCACUAUGGAAGCAACUCAGGGAGUAUGAUGGGCUUUGAGUCGGGCACAGAGGAAGACCAGGGUGCUGAAGCCGGCCGGGGCAGGAUGCCUCCACCGGUGGCCCCCAAACCCAGGGUCAUCCACGAGGCCCCUCAGAUUCCCCAGGCGGAGGGGAAGGGGGCUCAGCUGUUUGCCCGCAGGCAGAGCCGCAUGGACCGGUUUGUGGUAGACACCCCACUAGAGACCGCCUACCAGCAGGAGGUCACCUACCCAGGGGCCGAGUCCCAGUAUGCCCCCAACCCCAAUAUCAACUCACAGUGGAAGUUAUCCCCCAACAUCCGUGCCCCCCCGCCCAUUGGUUACAACCCGUUGCUAGCCCCCUCCUGCCCUGUGGGGCCACAGAGAGAUACAGGCAGGUCUGACAGGGGGAGCUGGGGAAGCAGAGGGGGGAUAGCCUCUCAUAGGGAGGGAAUCAAAGCUUUGGAUUUCAUGAGAAGGCAGCCUUACCAGCUCAACUCAGCUAUGUUCGGGGGUAGUGUUGCCAACCUGUCGGCGAUGCCCUCAUACCAGGACCAGAGGCAGCAGCAGGGAGGGUAUACUACCAUGGUGGGCAGCACUAUGACUCCUCCCAGACAGAUCCCAGUCAAGGCGGCCCGUGUGUACGAGAUCAAACGCUUCUCAACACCCACGCCCAUGUCAGCCCGGUGUUUGGCCCCCACUGUGAUCGCUCCUCGUUCAGCCACAACGCUGGGAGAGCGCCUGACCCGCUCCGACAUGAUCUCCCCAACCCCUGCUCCUCUCUCCCCACCCCCUGCCCCUGUCUUUUCCCCAGCCCCGGUCUCUGCCCCACAUCCCGCCCUUGCUCAUACCUAUUCAGGGGGCCUGCCCGGGCUGCCCAGAAUCAAUGCCACCCCAGUCCCCAACCCCAUCCCCCACCCAUCACCCUAUCCUGGGGUGUCUUACAGUGGGCUCCAAGGUGCUAAGCAGUUUCAGAGUGCCCCUGAUCUGAGUUUCCUUGCUAACCUCCCCCCUCCUUUCAGGGCAAAUGCCAUGCAGGCGCCCAAACCCCGCUUCAUCGCCACCAAGGUGGGCGUCCAGCCGCGUGUGUGGAGACCAAGUGCCAUGUGAACGGGAGUGGGAGUGGGAGUGGGAGUGGGAGUGGGAGUGGGAGUGGGAGUGGGAGUGGGAGUGGGAGUGGGAGUGGGAGACCCUGUCUGAGAACUGGACACAUCCCAGCCCUUAUAUAUAUAUAUAUCUACAAACCACAGAGUAUUAAAGUGGUCAAAAACUGAUCAAUGAGUUUGUUCAGAGCCCAACAAAUACGUUUUCACAAAUGUAUGAAUUCUCUCAUUGUAAGGAUUUGAAACCCUCACUAAACGAAUGUUUGAUUGGUGAAACUCAGAAAUGUGUUUCCAUUCAUUUGAUUAUUAUUAUUACUAUUCAUUUCCACCUUUUUGUUUGUGCAAUAGAGGUCCUUUGCUGUCAACGUCACAAAGUGCUAUGAUCAACUUCAAAUCAUGGCCCUCCAUGUGAUUGCAGUCGUUGAUUAGCUUGCUUGUCACACAUACUGUUGCUGACCUGCGUUUGUCUGGUUUGUCUUUCAACUCAUUUGGCCCAGUCAUGUCACAAAAUACACAGUAGUAUAUCCACUGUACGCCUGUCCUGGAGGAGGUUUUUGUAGGGCUUAUCUUUCUACACAGUCAGCUAAAUACUGUUUACAUCGCCAUGGGAGUGAGAGAGCCUGUACCGAAUUAUUCUUUGAAACUUUAAAUGUUGACAUGUAGGAUUUCUGAAAUGAAAUGAAGUGGUGGAUAUCAUUUUGCAUAGCAACCGACCGUUCACUAAAAUUUACCACAGGAGGAUCGCUGAGGCCCUGAGUCUUCCCUGUCUCUGAUGAGAGGACAGAGGAGGGAGAGGUGAGGCUACCACAGAGAGUGGUGAACAAAGGGGGGUCCAAGCUGAUUCAAUGUGAGCACCAUCAGACGAGUGUCAAGCGCGAUGAUGCUUCCCUCAGAAGAAACCCCUGACAUACUUCUCUCAUGAAAUCUGGGCUCUCCAGCAGAGGUCAUUGCUCCUUUUUCAUUGGGCAAAGGCUAUGUCAAAUUUGUAAUGGAUCUAGGGCUGGGACUCCCUUCCAGUCUGCUGAAGCCCACCUCGGAAGAUCAGAGGAGGUGGAUGAUACUGUAAGUUAGACCUCGCUCCAUCCUGAGUGUUUGUGUUGGUGGCACCAGAUCCCUGGCUCCCAGUGGUCAGUGACAAAUGCUAUCUGAUUUGGCGGGGCGUGUAGUUAACAGGUGUUUUUCUAGCCAGUCACUGCCUAUUUGCGGAGCUGAUUAGACAGCCAACCGAAUUGGAUGAGCACAGCAACCCAGCCCUUCCCAGACUAGUGUGCCCUUUCUGAAUGUCUGGUGUCCAUGUCACCACUCACGUUGUAUUAAAACAAAUCACACUGAUGACAGAUGUUCAUUUUUUGUGACUGAAUCGGAUUUGUCAUAUAGAGAAACAGGGAGGCACCGGCAACAGAAAUGUUAAAGACAUGAGAUGGGCUGUGGAUAUUGAAGAAGCAGGGACAUACGGUCCCUGCCAAAUGAUUUAGAGGGGCGUCGGUUAUGAACCAGGUCAAGGUCCUCACUGGCAUGUUAGCCUCUAAUUUAGAGGAGGGGAGAUAUGUCACGGUGUACCAUGAGAGAGAAACUUCAGUUUGGAUAUUUGUCAAGGAUUUCCCACAGCCUUUAGAAAGUAGACGAGAGUGACCAGGAAAGCCUGGUUCUGAGGCCUAGUAAGGGAGGAGGGUGGAGAGAGAAAAGAACAGAUUCCACCGGUGCCUCUCGGAGACAUGGAGGUGAUCAGGUAGUGUAUAAAAUGGCAGAGAUGACACAUAAAGAACCCGAUCAUGAAUGAAACCAUAACCGUUCAUGUUCUUCUAACAAUGAAAACAGCUGAUGGUAAUUAACUGUAAAUAUAUACAGGCUUUUGGAUAUGGAUACGACCCCCAUUCACUGACAGGGUUCACGACUUACCUUUCUGACACUGGUAAAUCGUUGUUAUUUUUUGUUGUUUUUCUAAUUUAUUAAUCUAAUUGAACCUCAUUUAGGCUAUCUGUAUUUAUGUCAUUAUGGGUUUUAAAGUAUGUGAUAUGUUGUGCAUAGUGGUCUCGGUGUGUAAAAAUACAAAAAAACUAAAAUACAUUUAUCCUGGAUACAUCUAUAUAAAAGAGUGAGUGUGAAAAUGUCUGUUAAUAAAGCUGCAAUAAAGGAGGGCAGUAUGAGCUUUUUACUGACUAAGAGAUGUGUUCAUUUUAGAGGAAUAAAAAUACUUAAACAUUUA